GACGAAGACCAGCUGUUGGCGGCAGCGUACUCGGCGGAACGGCUGCACUGGGGGUGCUGUUCUUAGUUUCUUAUAAGUGAAUAGGUCCUCUGUCCUUCCAUCCCCCUCGUAAAGAACACGAGGUGCUCCGAUAAACUCAAGGUCAGAUGAUGCCGUUCAACUCGUGGGACCCGCUUGGCUAUGUGCACGAGGAGCCGACGUUUUAGUGCCUACUCCGGCUCAAAAACGACAUCGCGGACUUUACAUCCCAGCCACCCCCGGGUCUUUACAUCUCGCCCGAGGCAGCGGACAUCACCAAAGUCCAUGCGCUUCUUGUGGGUCCGUUGGGCACGCCAUACGAAGGAGGUUUUUUUCAGUUCUUCAUGAAGUUCCCGCCGCAGUACCCGAUGAGCCCGCCGCGCGUACGCAUUGUGACCACGGACGCUGGACGAGUGCGCUUCAACGCGAACCUUUACGCCAACGGUAAGGUGUGCCUCAGCAUCCUCGGCACCUGGCAAGGACCACCGUGGAGCCCGGCGCAGGGCAUCGAGAGCGUGCUCGUCUCGAUCCAGUCGCUGAUGAACGAAAAACCAUACUACAAGGAGCCCGGUUGUCGGAAGGCGCCGUCGGACGUCGUCCAGUGCUACAACAACUGCAUCCAGCACGAAACCAUCAGGGUCGCCGUGUGUGGACAAGUAGAAGCUGCUCUCCAGGACAGCGCCGAGUGCCCCGCUGCCUUCAGGGAGCAGAUCUUGAAGUCUUUCGCUGAAGCGUACGGAAAGUACGAAGACAUCGUCAAGGCCCGGCGUCACCUCACGGGUUCGAAGAUGCUGGGCACGGUAAGAGAAGGCUCAGUGUUCCAGUACAUGCAGCUGCUGUCACGACUGCAGGGCCUGAAGCCUGAUCCUGACCUGACCUGGGCCUGAUCCGAGACUGAGUAGUGGCCCAUCCUCUCACUCUUAUCUUUUUUUGCUUCUUAUGACUCAAGGUGCAAUUCUGCUUCUCUCCGAUAUGCCUUCUCGGAGGCUACGUGAAUGAACUGGUCGCCAACUUUACGUUUCCACGCCCCAACGGAUUUUCGGAGCCACGGAAUCGACGCUCAAAGGGCUGCUUGCGUUUAGCGCUGUUGUUUAUAAACAUUUCGAACGUGCAUAUGAAUUUUAUAUGGAGUCUUCCAAUAAAUUUCAGUCAUGAAAGUUCGUA